UGUAACGCAAUUUAGUCAUUUUUAACGUUAAAAGAUGUAACGUUUUCAGACUUUUUUUCCGUCAAAAUCGACUGAAAUUUCAGUGUAAACCAACUGUAUGAAUAUUGGGAACGAGAAAAUGUUAGAUUUUAAAUUAAAGAGAAAAGAAUUAUGUAUCAAUUAAUAGUGUUCACAAAAAUAGUAUAAAAUUCUAUGAUUUAAAUUGUUCAUGUUUUUGUUCAUGUAUUGAUCCAAAGAGAAUGAACUAAAUGGUGAGAGUAUAUUUUCAAAUUCAUUUCUUCUGAUUUUCAACGAUUACGUUUUAAAUUGUCCAGAGAUGGCAGGCAAAACUAAUGUAGUGAAUAUUCCCGCUAUUAGUGUUGGUUCAUUUUGAAGUUUGUUAUUAUAAACAAACCGCCGUUCACAAUUUCACCAUGUCAUGAAAUAUGAAUCUUUGCUUCGUUCGACUAAAUUCAUAUUGAACAGCCAGCAAAAGGGAAAAAGGUUUUGAUCCGUAGCCUGUGGAAGAAAUCUGCUGUCGAAAUAUCGUGAGCGUUUCGAUAUUUUAUCACGGUGUGCGGUGUUCGUGUCACAACCAAAUUCAGCUUGAUGUGUCAAACUGAUGCCGGUUGCACAUUCACAUUGAUCUGAGCAUUUGGAAAGGGUUCAAUAAUGGGCAGAAAAAGGAUAGGGGCACAUACCAUUCGUGGCAAUAGGUCGAAACCGCGGAAAGUUGAAGAUGGCAAGCAAAAGGAGGAGAAAGCAUACUUUGCAAUCAAGUUGGCCGCCACUAGUAUUGUUCGACCGGAAUAUCGUGAUCGUAUUCUGCCAUGGAUCACAAAAACCAGCAUAAAAUGCACCGAAAUAUCUGAAUUGGCGUCGCUUUUAUUCCUCAACAAAGUCAGAGCUGCCACUGAACAGGCCAUCAUCACCGGCAAUUGGGAAUAUUUCGACGAUGGCGAUGGAAUGCACAUCAUCGAAAAUUGCUUCUAUGCUGUGUUGCGGCGCUACAAGGAAGACGAUUUCAUUAUGGAUCCAUGGUUCCGGCAUUGCUUUGAGAAUGUGGACAUCGAGAAUCGCUCCGCAUGGCCAAACAAUGAUUACUUCGGCAACUUGAUGAAAUAUUUGUUCCAACAAUAUGGCCGUAAUGUGAAGACGAAUUUGGAUACACAUGCACAGAAACGAUUGCGGUAUUUCUUGAGAUUGAAGGCAUUCAGACAGAACUACACUAACCGGAUUCGUGGCCUACCGGACACAUACGAUGAACGAGAUGUGGCAAAUGCAGUGUCAUGGGCAAUCAAACGAUAUGACGCAACAAGAGGUGAUGCUAAUCGCUUGGCCAAACGAGAUCGAUUGUUGCGUUACGUUCGAGACAUUCGUGGACCAGCUGACGAUGAUAUCGCCAAAUUCACCAAAGACGAAGAUACAUGGUUUUCAUCAUUGCCAAUGUGGUUGAUCAUGCAAUUGGAAAUCGAAACGCACCUCAACUGGGUUGAACAACACCACGACAACAUCGUGCAAGUCAUUGCGUUGCCAAACAUCAAGAAUUUGGUGGUCAUCCCAAUCUGUCAUCACACGCGAAAGGCAGUGAGAAUAGACGCUGAUGUUUUGUAUCGUAUGAUGUGCGAAACCGGUACCAUUCCGCGUGAUGAAUAUGGUCGGCAACAUACAGUGGGCCACGUCACGUCAAAAUCAAAUAAAGCGUAUUAUUUCAAUAUGAUUUUUAACAUGGAGAAAAUCAAUCGAGUGUUGAAAGCAAACAAAAAAUUCGAACAUAUUCUCAGCGAUGGUGUAUCGGCAUCGAUUCUGUACUCAGUGAAGAAAACCGUAGUCGACAAGUUAGUGGAAGAUGGUUUGGUGCGUAAACGGUACUCUGAUGGCUUCUAUGUCUAUGAAUUGGGCAUUGAUUGGGGCAUGAAGACGUGGAAUGCAACCGUUAGGCGACGGAUUAAUAAUGACAAAGAGCGAAUUCAUAAUGGCAAAGAGAUGAACUUCACAAUCAACAGCAAGAAGUAUCAUUAUGGGACCGAAGAAGGAGUGCGUAAAGAAAAGAGAGAGCGAUGGACUCGUGCCUUUGGGCAGUUCGAAGAGAGUGAUCGAAACAACCGUGUGCGAUAUGACCGAAUGCCAUCACCAAAAGGAAGCAAUUGGCGUGACUACAUACGGCAUCGAUUGACCAUCAUGAAGAAAGCCAUUGCAGUGUACACAACCAAAAAGUACACACGUUUAAGUUUUGAUCAUUACAUCGAGUCCAAUCGUGUCAGUGACAAGGUGGCCGCAAUGCUGACAAAUCGCAAACGAUGCAUCAUUAACAUUGGAGCUUCCCAACCACCUGCAAAUUCACCAAUACAGAUCAAGAAACACGUUCGAUGCCCGGGCGUGCGGAAAUUGGUGAAGAGUUUCAAGAAAAUGGAAGGCAAUGUCAUACGAUUUGUGAACGAAGCCAGAUCAUCACGAUUGUGUGCCAGAUGUUUCGAACCAUUUCCAUUGAGUACAUUGAACGAUCGUGUCAAGGUGUGUGAAUGGUGUAUGCCCGAUCAAGAUGAUUGGCCUGAUGGAAUGAAGCUACCAGAGAAAAUUGUAGCGGCAAAGAGCAAGCGGAAGUUACGAUCAGAGCGACGAGCGAUGCGACAAGCAGCAGUGCAGAAUCCAAAUCAACCCCGUGGUUUUGUGUCUAAGGUGAUUUGCUACCGUAAAAACUGGCAACAAAACGCGGCAAACGGUAUGGAUGACAAUGUUGAAGAGCGCAGAGGUGUAAUCAUUCACGACGCUGAACUCGGUAUCAUCGAGUACACAGAUGAAUAUGUGCCCGAAGACCCUGUUGACGACUCUCCAGUACUGAAGACAGUUUGGCAACGUGACAUUUCGGCUGCAAAAUUGAUCUUGUACAGAGGGCAUUGCGAACUCUUUGGACAUCGGCUGCAUGAUGCGUUCACACGUCAACACCUCGUGUAUCCAACUCGAUUCCGAGUCAACUUCAACAUUCAUUAAUAUCAAUGGAGCCGCAAUUUAUGUUUUAUUUUUCAAAAGAAUUUAUGUAACAGUAUGUUA